CUGCCGGAUACGCUAGUGGAUUACCCAAGCGCGACCCAAAUUUCCCCCCUUUGCAGCUCGUCCGCCGAGCUUCAUCGCGCCAGUCAACCUUGCUUUUUGUAAUUCACAUUCACAGUCGCAUCUACGAUGGCUUCAUCCAACAACAAGUUCUUGCGAGAGUACAAGCUCGUCGUCGUCGGCGGUGGCGGCGUCGGUAAAUCGUGUUUGACAAUCCAGUUGAUUCAGGCCCAUUUCGUGGACGAGUACGAUCCGACAAUCGAGGAUUCGUACCGCAAGCAGUGCGACAUCGACGAUGAGGUCGCUCUUCUCGACGUUCUCGAUACCGCUGGUCAGGAGGAGUACAGUGCCAUGCGUGAGCAGUACAUGAGGACGGGCGAAGGCUUCCUUUUGGUCUACGACAUCACAUCCCGCCAGAGCUUCGAGGAGAUCACCACCUUCCAGCAGCAGAUCCUGCGCGUCAAAGACAAGGACUACUUCCCCAUGGUUGUUGUUGGUAACAAGUGCGAUCUCGAGGGCGAGCGUGAGGUCUCGAGGCAAGAGGGCGAGACACUCGCGCGCCAAUUCCAGUGCAAGUUCAUCGAGACGUCUGCCAAGUCGCGCCUCAAUGUCGAAAAGGCUUUCUACGACCUUGUUCGCGAGAUCCGCAGAUUCAACCGCGAGUUGCAGCCCGGAUACGCAGCUGGCAACGGCAGCGGACCCGCCCCGGCAGCGAAGUUGGACAUGGACGGCAACGAGCAAGAAGCUGGUUGCUGCUCCAAGUGCGUUAUCAUGUAAAACCACACGACGUGCCGACGAUUGGCGCGCAUAGGGUCGAGAGAAUCCGAUUGGCCCCCGCCAAGUCAGUUGACUUAUCUAUACGACUGAAAGCGAUUGG